GUCACAUUCUUCACUCCACUUCACUCCAUUCCAAUGGCAGACUGUGCAUACGCAUGAAAGGCUGUCUACCAGCAUAUCGGACAGUGCUCCGAUCUCGCAAGCAAAUUUCUCAUAUAACAAGUUAUUCUCGCCACUACUCGGUCCAUAUCGAUCCCAGAAAGCUUAAGACAAGAAGCCAGAAUUCUUGCAUCGCAAACGACAUCAUGUCACCUCAACCUCAAAGUCUCCGCAUUCUCAUGCUCCACGGCUUCACGCAAUGCGGACCCCUCUUCGAGAUCAAGACUAAAGCCCUCAAGAAGUCUCUCGACAAGGCCUUCCCUGCUGCUCCUAAGCCCGGCCAUCUCAAAUCUUAUCCUGGCGGCCUCGAAUUCGUGUACCCAACAGCUCCCAUGAAGCUCUCAUACACCGACACACCUGGCGGAGUCGCCGAGCCCGAAGAUCUUAGAGAUGAAGCUUAUGGCUGGUGGAAACGCAAAGGUGACUCGGAACCGUAUCUGUAUGAUGGGUUAGAGGAGGGGCUUGAAGCUAUAGCGCGGAUAUUACGAGAGGAAGGGCCAUUUGAUGGAGUUAUUGGAUUUUCACAAGGAGGAAGUGCGGCGGGAAUGUUGGCUGCCCUAUUAGAGCCUGGGAGAAGGGAAGCUUUUGAGGCGUUGGAAGCGAAAGGAGGAAUGAGUUUUCCAAAAUCUUUCGUGGGAGAGGAAGGUGCAGAUAGCGUGGUGCAUCCGCAGCUGAAGUUCGCAGUGAGUUACUCGGGAUUUGGAGCGAGUCGACACCCGAUAUACAAGGCGUUUUAUGAGCCGAAAAUUACCACGCCGAUGCAACAUUUCAUCGGGAGUGUGGACACGGUUGUGAGCGAGGAGCGAGCUAUGCAAUUGGUCGACAGUUGUGUGGAUGGGAAGGGAACGGAUGGUGGUGUGUCGAGAGUGGUAUUUCAUCCUGGCGGACACUUUUUGCCGACACAGAAGGCCAGCAUCGCGCCCUUAAUUGCAUUCAUCAGGGAGAUCGCGGAAGGGAAUGCCGCUACUGCAAAUGGAUCGGCAAAGCAAGAGGAGAGCGUUGAGGACAUGGACGUGCCGUUUUAGAUCACGCAGCGAGAUAUCAACAAUGAUGCUGACAUGAGAUAUAGAUAAUAGACGAGAUCACGAAUAGACGAUUGUGACGGGGUCACCAGAAC